UUUACCGAAAUUUCCUUUUCUCAUUACGAAUCGUUCUGUGCAAAAAACCUUAUGGUUAGAGAGAAACACAACUCGAAAGUUCAAAUCUUUGUCGUAAUAUUACAUUCGAUCUAGUGACUGCGUCGGCGAUUGUCUCUUUGACUGUGAGGAUCCGAUGUCUGCUGCUAAUGUUUCGUAUUUGCAUCGUGUACGAGAGCUUUUAGCCGGGAGCUUAAGUUCAGUUGAAGUUGGAGAAUCUCAGGACUUGGAGAGCUUGGUGGCAGAACUUGUCAGCUGUCUGAACUCUUUGUCCGAGAACGUAGCUUGCAAUGCUAGCGAUGAUGAACAUGAGAAUGAUGCAACUUCCAAUGCCAGAGACGAUGAUCAUGAGAAUGAUGUUAUCCAAGUUCUAGAUGAAACUUUGAAAUUUCUAUCAUCUCCUCAGAUGGAUCAGGAUGUGAUGGAUGCACUGUCAUUUGAAUUGCCAAAAGCAAUCUCCAAGUUUGCAGGCCUAUCAAGCAGAUGUCUAGAGUUAGCUGAGGCUAUCGUUGAUCGGUUUGUGGAAGCAUGCAAUCCACGUGACAUGCUUUCAGUUCUUUGUGAGGCACUCGAUGCUGCACGGGUCUCUCUUUCACUCUCCAGUUCUUCUACUCCUUUAUUACAUGGGCUCUCUAAAGUUUUUAUUUCUGUUCGGAGACGUCACUACGAGCAGCUAAAAGUGGCGGUUCCAAUUGUCUUGAACGUUUUGAAGGACAUGUCUUUGGAGCCAGACAUACAACCUGAAGGUCUAUUUGAUAAGGCUCUAGGCAUUGCCGUUUCCAUUAAAGAUGUUGCUUCAAAACUGGAGAAGGAAGAAGGCACAAAUGUCCGUAGUUUGCUUGGUCUCUAUCUGAUGCAGAUAACGGCUGUUCUUUCAGUAAGCAUCAAAGACAAGGUGGACUCUGGUGUUCCUCUGGUGAUGCAGUUAAAACCUUUAUUGGCAUAUUGUGGCUUAACACACCUUGGUUUAAUCACUGGAAACGACCCUGAAAGAUUACUAAGCACGAUCUCGAAAGAUGAUGAUGACUUCCUCAACUCUUUCCAUGACAUCAACUUGGGUGCAUCGCUUCUAUUCAUCUGGGCGAGGAUCUCACCCGAGGUUGCAGAUGUUGCUAACGAUGUGGAUGAGCUCCAAAGCAAUCCAGCGAAAAGGUGGCAAGCAUAUGGGAUGUUGAAACACAUAGUCGCUUCUGGAGAUUUGCUCUGGGAAUUCAAGAGACGCACCAUCGAGGUUUUGCUUGACAUAGUCAAAGGAGCAGCUCCAUCUCAAUGCAACGAGGAAAUAGAUUGUUCGCAUUACACAACUAGCAUCUAUGCUGCUUUACAGGCUGUUACGUUGGUGAUCAUGUAUGCUCCUGACGCGGAUCUGAGGAAGAAGACAUUUGAGACACUAAAGAGGAUUAUAUCUGAUAUACCGGUUUCUCAGAGGUUUGACGUUUUAAAAGCCCUUGUCACAAACUCCCAGUCUUCCACAAUGAGAGGGAUUCUUCUGGAUCAAGUAAAAAACAACAUGAGCACAAGCAGCUUGCAAGCUACGGACUGUGAUGCUCAUGUUUCUGAGCUAGUGGAGUUGGUGUUAAAGCCUCCACAUGGUGGUCCUCCACUCUUCCCAGACCAGAGUGAUGAGGUUCUGGCGGCACUGAACCUCUAUAGGUUUGCGUUGCUAAAUGAUGGCAAUGGAUUUUUGUCAAAGAAGACUCUGGAGAGAGACUAUAAGGGAUGGCUGUUGCCUCUUCGAACUAUUGUGAGCGGCAGCAUCGCAGAGAACCAACGCGAGAAGGAUCACGACCAGGAAUCCUCACUUGAGAUUCUGUGCAUUCUUAACCGAAUUGAAUCGCUUCUAUAUUGGUGCAUUGAGCUCGUGGAAGAAAGGUUGAAAAGUCACUAGUGUAAAAACAAUCAUGGGGAAGGAACUAUGCAAAUGCUCCAAGUUGUAUGCAGAGUAGUACCUAGCACUACAAAAUCCAUUUUCCUGCAACUUUGUUUAUUCAAAAUCUAAUCUCGUCAAAUUGUAUGCUUCAAGAUUAUUUUUUUCAUUUUAUUUAAUGUUGUGUGUGUCAAGAGACCUGUGUACUUGCAUACAAAGUCUUCAACUUCUCAUU